CUGACAUUGCGAGAUCUUCUAACUUCUCCGCUUCCGUAUUUCCAAACGUGUUUUAUCCUCAAGAAGGGCAAAAAUAUAUUAUUUCCCGCCAUCCUUUUGAUUUUUUUUGUCACAUUUUCUAAGAAAUAACCUUUUCUCUCGCUGCCUGUCCACACCCGUUGCAGACAGGUGUAUAAAAUCGAGCACACAGCCAUGGCCAAGCAGCCGCACACGAACCUAAGAUCACCAUGUGCAAUGCCAAGUGUCGGCUGGAGUGGUGUAAAGCUCACCGCCAUUGGACUUGGAGCAGUGGAAAUGCGUUCUCUGGCGUGAUGAAUCACCCUUCACCAUCUGGCAGUCCGACGGACAAAUCUGGGUUUGGCGGAUGCCAGGAGAACCCUACCUGCCUCAUUGCAUAGUGCCAACUGUAACGUUUUGGGGAGGAGGAAUAAUGGUCUGUGGUUGUUUUUCAUGGUUCGGGCUAGGCCCCUUGGUUCCAGUGAAGGGAAAUCUUAACACUAGCAUACAAUUUCAUUCUAGAUGAUUCUGUGUUUCCAACUUUGUGGAAACAAUUUGGGGAGGGCCCUUUCCUGUUUCAGCAUGACAAUGACCCCGUGCAUAAAGUGAGGCCCAUACAGAAAUGGUUUGUCGUGUGGAAGAACUUGACUGGUCUGCACAGAGCCCUGAACUCAACACCGUUGAAACACCUUUGGGAUUAAUUGGAACGCAGACUGCAAGGCAGUCCUAAUUGCCCGACCUCACCAAUGCUCUUGUGGUUGAAUGCAAGGAAGUCCCCGCAGAAAUGUUCCAACAUCUCGUGGAAAUCCUUCCCAGAAGAGUGGAGGCUAUUAUAGCAGCAAAGGGGGGGACCAACUCCAUAAUGCCUGUGGUUUUGGAAUGACAUGUUCGACGAGCAGGCGUCAACAUACUCUUGGUCAUGUAGUGUAUAUGUGACUUAAUGAAGGAGAAUAUUGCAUGAAACUUGUGAACCUUUUAACACUUUAUUGAAUAAAGUGAAGCCUGGAAUUGUAGAUUGAAAGCCUGCCAUUAUACUAUGGUGAAGGUUCAUACCUGAUGCAUUUAAUGUAUGCACAGCUGAUUUGAGAUGGAACACUCUGUGAAAGGGACAUCCAGUUUAAUGGUUGAACUUUGUCACUCCUGGAGAUGACAUACUAAUCUUUCAGAUGUUAGAAUCUCCGACCUACCGUUGUUGCCUGUAUAUAUAUUUUUUAUGGUGUUUCCAUUUUUGUAGUGGCGUAAGUGUCGUAUUGGGAGAUUUGUGUACAGCGUAGUCCUUUCAGAACGUUUUCAGUUGCUGUUUUCAUUCUCAAGGUGUCACCUGUUUUGGUGAUGUUAUAGUGGAAUGGUCUGGAGAGCAUUGGUGAGCUGGACACGACUGUUCUGCAAUAAUGCUAUUAUGUACCCCUCUGUCUACAGGUGGUGCUGUUUGUGCUGUUGUCGGAAUGGUGGUGGUCAUCCAUUUACAGGGGCUCAGAACCACUGCAGGUUCUGAGGACGUUCGCAAUUUCUUCACUGGCCUCAAAAUCCCAGAUGGUGGGGUGCACAUUAUUGGUGGGGAGCGUGAGGAGGCUUUCAUAAUCUUUGCUUCCGAUGAAGACGCGAGGCGGGCGAUGACCCGUUCGGAGGGAUCCAUCAAAGGUUAUCCGGUUCACUUACGGCUGAGCAGCAAGUCAGAAAUGCAGGCCGUUCUCAAGCAAAGUAUAAAACCCGAGGUGACCAAAAAGAGGCCGUAUAAGGAAGGUUUCAGAAGACCGGAAAGAGAAGGCAGGAAUGAGGAACCUGGAAGAAAAGAGCUUGUAGAGAUGGGCAGUAGAUCAGGGUCUUACAGUAAUGUACGUAGUCAGGCCCGAAAGCCUCCACAGCUAAGCAGUCAAGAUUACUUGUAUUUGCUUAUGCAAGGCAUGCCUUUUACUACGAAAGAAGACGACGUGAAAGAAUUCUUUAGCGGAUUAGAGGUGGAGGACGUUAUUAUAAUGAGAAAUGACAGCGGCCAACCAAAUGUGAAAGGAAUUGUCAAGUUCAAAUCCAGACGGGAUGCUAGAGAGGGUCUGAAAAGAAAUCGGCAUUACAUUGGAACUAGGUUUGUGGAACUCGAUGCAUGCUCGGAAGAGCAGUAUUUUAAGGCAGAUGUUGGUAGGGAACAGAUGUUGGCAUGGAACAGCAGUGGUACGUUUAGAAGAGGGUCUUCCUCAGCUCCCACUGAGAGGUCUCCAUACCGUGCUAGGUCUUUCUCACCAGUGGCCUACAGGUCUAAGUCCCCUUCUCCUUCCAAUGAUGAGUUCUGUGUCUUGGUGGAAAACCUUCCCUACUUAGUGGAGAAGAGGGACAUAAAGGAGAUCUUCAUUCAUGCAGACCUCAAGUAUGAUCAGAUCCUUCACCUUCUUGACAAGUAUGGGUCAGAGACAAGGUCCGCAUUUGUGCUGUUCAACAACCUGAGGGACUACGGUGCUGCCUUGACUCUUCACAAGAAGAAAUUUCUCAAACGAUGUUUGUACAUCUCUCCUAUCUCGAAAGAGAAAAUGCUCACCAUGCUAGAAUCUGGGGGAAAUACAAUGGAGGGUACACCACCCUCUGAAAGGUCUUGCAGCCGAUCUCAGGAAAGGCCUCCAAGAGAGACCGAGAAGGAUGUGUAUGAAUCUGAGAAGAUUUGCCUGUAUGUGCGAAACCUGCCUUUCGACGUGCGCAAAGUUGAGAUUGUGGACUUCUUCCUAGGCUUCAGAAUCUCAGAGGAGGCUGUUGUUUUGCUGCUUGACCAUAAGGGCAAUGGGCUUGGAGAGGCUUUGGUGAUCUUUCAGACUGAGGAGGAGGCUAUGAGAGCACAGUCUCUGAAUGGGCAAGGGUUUCUUGGAACAAAUCUCAUCCUGAAAUGCAUUUCUCUGGCUCAGAUGCGUGAAUUUGGUGUUGGUGAACCUGCAGUGAAAGCGCAAAAGAUAGAGAGAAGCUCAGAGAGGUACCUGGCCAGGAACAGUGAGGCGAUGUCCCAUCAGUACACUGAUUACAGGGUCAACCCUGAUAUAGGCCAUCUUCCUAUGAACGACCUGCAGGUUCAUAUUCAUGGAGGCAGCAGUCUGGGUCUCGAUUCUCAAAUGAUGGAAAGCCCUGUUCUGCUUGACAACCAGGGCAAUGGCUCUGCUCAUAGACAUGGAGGCUAUGGACCUUCUGCACCGCAGCAGUUUGAUGGUCCAACAUGCCUGAAACUGGUUAAUCUGCCUUUGACUAUCAGAAUUGACGCAAUCUAUGACUUUUGCUAUGGAUAUCGUGUAAUUCCUGGAUCGGUCUCAUUGCAGUAUGACAACAAAGGGAUUCCCAAAGGCUCAGCAACGGUUGUUUUUGGAUCUCGCUUGGAGGCAUUAUCGGCAGUUGAGGAAUUGAGUGGAAGACCAAUAGGCAGCAGAAAAGUAAAACUAGUUUUUGUGUGAAAUCCGUAUAGAACAGGAAAGAACCUUUUUGGGCUUUAAAAUGUGAUGUUUUAGGAAGAACAACUCACAGUAUUUGGUUAGUUUGAUGGAUUCCAACAAUGGCGACUGAACAAUUGUAGAAUUUAAAAAUACUGUGUGUGUGUAUGUGUAUAUAGCCUUCUACUCAAUGUAACGGACAAACCUUUUGUCCAUAGUUUUAUCCCCCUUAAAGAAUAACAAAAUGAUUUAUUUGUAUUUUGCCCAUCGCUUGCUUGCCAUGUAGCCUGUUUCUGAAGCUUUUUCUUUUUAGUGAAAUUUGCCUGAAAUGUUAUUUUCUUUAACAGCUGGGUGAAGGUAGAACUUAAUUUUGCUACUAUUUGUUUAAAUGUUUAUUGCAUUCUGUAGUGUAAAAGUUGUCCAUUUAAACUUAGUGGAAAUUCUUUGAUUAAAAUUCAUAAUGUUC